AUGACCACCUUCAGCCUCACCACCAGUUCUUCCCCUUCCAUCGCCAUCUUUCCCUCCCACAAGGUGUCGAGGAUCAACCGCAAUAUAUAUUCGGGCUUCACCGAGCACAUGGGCCGCUGUAUCUACGGUGGAAUCUACGACCCGGGCAACCCCAACAAGCACCUGCUCGACUCUCGCGGGUUUCGACAGGACGUCCUGGAAGCUCUCCGGCCCCUCCAAGUCCCCGUCUUCCGCUACCCCGGAGGCAACUUCUGCGCGACCUAUCACUGGCAAGAUGGCGUCGGUCCGGUGCAGGAUCGUCCAGCUAGACCCGAACUGGCCUGGGGGAAUGUCGAAACCAACCACUUUGGCACCGACGAGUUCAUGCAGUGGUGUCAAGCCGCCAACGCCGAGCCGUACCUGUGUCUGAACUUUGGCACCGGCACCCUGGACGAGGCCAUGGCCUGGGUCGAGUACUGCAACGGCACCAAAGACACGUACUAUGCCAACCUGCGGCGCCAGAACGGCCACCCGGACCCCUACCAGGUCAAGUACUGGGCCUUGGGCAACGAGAUGUGGGGGCCCUGGCAGAUCGAGCAGAUGACCCAGGAGGCCUACGCCGAGCGGGCGGUGCAGUGGGCAAAGGCCCUCAAGCUGCUCGACCCCUCCAUCCAACUGAUCCUGUGCGGCAAGGAGGGCGCCACCUCUUGGGACUACCACACCCUGAAACGCUGCCUGCAGCCCGCGGGCUUGAGUGAUCUGGGCGAAGAGCGCCUGCCGCUGGUCGAUAUGCACAGCAUCCACCUGUACACCGCGAGCCACGACCACUACGAGAACGUGACCGCCCCGCUGGCCGCCGAGCGGAGCAUCGAGGUCUGCUCCGGCCUGAUCGACCUGGCCAUCGUCGAGAACAAGAUCCCUGCCUCGCAGAAAAGACCAACCAUCUGCUUCGACGAGUGGAAUGUGUGGUCCCCGCCGCGCGCCCCCGGCAGCCAAGGCGCCGAAGAAAAGUACACCCUCUCGGACGCGCUCGCCGUGGCGGUCUGGUUGAACGUGCUGGUUCGGAAGUCGCGCGACGUGGGUAUGGCCUGCAUUGCCCAGAGUGUCAAUGUCAUCAGUCCUCUCAUGACCACGGACACCGGCAUUAUCCGACAGACCAUCUGGUGGCCGUACGAGCUGUUCUGUCGGUUCAUGAAAGGCCACACAGUCGCGGUGCAUGUGGCCUGCGAGGCAUAUGCCGGCUCGACAAAGCCGGACUGGGUGAGGGCGGUCAAGGAUACGCCCUGGCUCGACGUCAGUGCCACCGUGGACGACGAUGGUUGGGUCAGUGUCUGUGUGGUCAACAUCCACCGGGAGUCCGACCUGAUGACGCGGCUGGGAGGCGUAGACGGCCAGAAGGUCAAAGUAUACACGAUCACGGGGGGGCAUCCUGAAGUCACCAACAUGGCGGGAACAGAGGAGGUUGGAUUGAAAGAAUCAGAUUGGGACCCAGACCCGAGCCAGGACUUUGCUUUCGUAUUUCCCAAGUGUUCCGUAACAAUGCUGAGGUGGAAAAUGCAAUAG